AUGGAACAACCUUCCUGGAAGCAAACCAAACUCUCCUUGGAGAGACCCUACAAGGAUGAUAAAGGAGAGCGCAUACCUGUCCUUCUAGACAUAGCUCCAGAUGGAGUUCGAGUGGUUGAGCCCGCCAGUCCACAAGAUCCCACCAAACUCUUGGGUGAAAACUUGAGACGCAUAUUUAUCGAGCGCGGCGUAGAUUUUUUCGAGCGCCAAGAUGCCCUGAGGGCCAUCGGAGACCUGUCCAUUCCUCAAGCCCUAGAUACCAAAGAUGACAGAGUCGAACCAGAUCAGCACGAGGAAGUCGUCUCGAAAGCACACAUGAAUGCAGAGGAAUUAUUCAAAAUGCGCAUGGAAAUCAUGCCCCAGCUCUUGUAUCGUUGGAAGUCUUAUUUGCAAUCUAGUACUGCACUCGGAGAGAUGACACAUGCCAGGGAGCUGCUUUCGUUGCUACUGGCUUCUCCUGCAUCAUCUGAUCCGUCUCCUGUCACUUCCUUACCUUCUUCUACGUUGACUGCAAGUAUAGUUGCGAAGCCUCCGCCUAUACCUUCAGUGGACGCGUUCAAUGCUCAGCUAACCAUCGGCGGAAAGGAUGAGGCUCUGAGAAAGGCUGGGAGUAUAUUUAAGGCCGCCGCCAACAACCUAGAGAGAAGCCGCCUCCGAGGUCAAAGGUACUGGGUCGAUGCACUCAAGACCCGGCGUGCCAACUGGGGAUUGGUGCCUGCACCCCUCCCAUUUGGUGCACCCACAGGUAAGGGUGCUGAUAAAACGUCAAAGGACUUCUUUGUCUCUUUCGGACUUGAGGAAUCCCCAGCUCACUUCAGACGAAGAGCGGUAGGACACAUGGCAACAUAUGAAACUUCAUCGCAUGUUCUUGUAUUUCCUCACCGUCGGCGAGUCCGCCUUCAAGUUUCUCUUAUUGUUACCGAUUCCAGCGGCCUCUUUCGCACUGCUUCCAACAGCAUAACAAGCAUGUCGGAUGCAUCACUGGAAGAUUCACUUAAAAUCGCGCAAAGGGAAAUGGUUGAGGAGGAGCUUUUCUCUGUCUUGAUUAAGGAGGCUAGCACCCUACCAACAGCGUCAGCGCGAGUGGCGGAGCGGCUGAUCGUCAUUGAUGCCGCCCAAGGAAUGGAACUCAAGUUUGAGCUCGUUGAUGGUGAUACUGUCAAUGCUCAAGAAAUCAAUAAGAGCGAUGAACGUUUGUCCGCUACCUGUAAUCUCAUAUACUUCGCGUUGCAGGGACUCCUCCUGUCCCUGCAUGCUUCGCAGAAAUCCCAGCGCCUAUCAUCAGCCAACACACAGCACCCACCCUCCACCUUUCCCAAUAAGGCUCCUUUGUUACAGCCUAUCAUCGACCUCCUCCAAUAUCAGGUAUUCUGUGAGAGAAUCAAAGUUGAGCUAGAUAAAAUGGUCUCUGCCUUGCUCAAGGCUGGUAUUCCAUCCUCGUUGCGAUUCGACGCUGUAGGUGAGAGCGGGCACCAAUUAGUGGAACAUCUUGUCGCCAAUGAAACAGCAAGAAAGAUUGGGGGCGAGGCUCUUCUCCGUAUCGAUGUCAGGCAAGUGGCGAUGCAAACUCUUCGCUUGACAUUCCUUUCGCCAUCAUCUCUUACAGCCCAUUUGCCACAAGCAACGCUACCGAUUGCGUCCAUACCUCAGCUGGUACAGCUUCUCUCAGACGAAGUCGAGAGGUGCCUUCUCAAUCGGUUGUGCGAAGUGGGCUCACAAGUUUGUGAACGUGCCGGUGCAACGUGGUUUGUGGAUUUCGUCAGUGGCAAAGCGGUUGGAAGAUGGGAAGGAACCAUAUUGAACUUCCGCAUCAUAUUCGACAAGGAUUUUGCCAUUCACUCGUCGGCAUACCGUCUGAACAGGGCCAGUCACCAGUUAUCAUUACUAGAAACAUACACUCCUGAGACCCCAAUCUCUCUCGUAGUAUGGCUGCAAGAGCUGGUUGAGAAGACCAUAUCAGAAUCUUAA